GCUCCCGCUCGGCGCGGGUCCGCCGCUUUGGCAACUGCUCAUGCAGGAAAACAGCAGUUAGGAAUUUGGGGAGCACAGGGAACCAGCUACGAUUUUCUCAGCGGGUCAUUGGCCGCCCCUAGAUAACGGUCUCUCUCCCCCUGGAGUUCGAAAUGCUUUACCUGAUCGGUUUGGGCCUGGGAGAUGCCAAGGACAUCACAGUCAAGGGCCUGGAAGUCGUGAGACGCUGCAGUCGAGUGUAUCUGGAAGCCUACACCUCAAUCCUGACUGUAGGGAAGGAAGCCUUGGAAGAGUUUUAUGGAAGGAAACUGAUUCUUGCUGAUAGAGAAGAAGUGGAACAAGAAGCAGAUGGUAUUUUAAAGGAUGCUGAUAUCAGUGAUAUUGCAUUCCUUGUGGUUGGUGAUCCAUUUGGAGCUACAACACACAGCGAUCUUGUUCUGAGAGCCACAAAGCUGGGAAUCCCUUACCGAGUUAUUCACAAUGCCUCCAUAAUGAAUGCUGUAGCUUGCUGUGGUUUACAGUUGUAUAAGUUUGGAGAGACAGUUUCUAUUGUCUUUUGGACAGACACUUGGAGACCAGAAAGCUUCUUUGACAAAGUAAAGAAGAACAGACAGCAUGGCAUGCACACGUUAUGCUUAUUAGACCUCAAAGUAAAGGAGCAGUCUUUGGAAAAUCUGAUCAAGGGAAGGAAGAUCUAUGAACCCCCUCGGUAUAUGAGUGUAAACCAAGCAGCCCGGCAGCUUCUGGAGAUUGUUCAGAAUCAAAGAAUAAAAGGAGAAGAACUAGCAAUCACUGAGGAGACACUGUGUGUCGGCUUGGCGAGGGUUGGAGCCGAGGACCAGAAAAUUGCAGCAGGCACUUUACAGCAAAUGUGUACCGUGGACUUGGGAGGACCAUUGCAUUCCUUGAUUAUCACAGGAGACAGCAUGCAUCCACUGGAGAUGGAGAUGCUGAGUCUAUUCUCCAUACCAGAAAAUAUCUCAGAGUCCCAGAGCACUGAUAGACUCUGAACAUAACAUGUUUGGUAUAUGGUACACAUAUUUGUAUAAUAAAUUAAAUAGGUCUUUUGGUUUAUCUACUAAGUAUAAAACAAGUGACCAAAAAGAAAGAAGUUGACUUAACAAUGCUUGGUUUCCUGUGGCAAUGAAUUUUUUCCCUGAUAUCAUGUUGUCGCUGCUGUUUUGGCAACUUUUCAGGAGAUACACACAUGGAGCAGAACAAACUGGAAAACUUGUGGCUAGACAUCCAUAGACAGAAUCAUUUAGAAGCAGUUUUUAUUUAUGAAGCCAGUUUAUACAAGGUAUUUAUUACAGAGUAUAACUUAGAGGUAACAGGAAUGUUAAUCACUUGAAUCCUAGUUUUAAUGGGUAGGAAAUGUCAGCAGCGGCAAGAAAAACAUAAAGAUUGGUAGCAGUUCACAUGUUAUUUUUAUACUCUUCUACUUUCUUAAAAAGUCAACUGUCCUGACUGCAAUAUGAGCUGUCCUGACAGCAGCUGGUAUUAGUGCACAUAAGCAGAGAUGGAAAGACUGAAUUUCCACCAUGAAAUCAUACUUCCUUAAAGCUCAGCUGAGUACAUGCCACAAAAUGACACCUUUUUGAAUUGGCUGUCUUGAUUAGCUGACAUUGUAACUAUGUGGCUCAUCAUCUGUUAUAUUCUGUUUAAUUAUAAAUGUUCAGCCAGCCAUGUACAGUUGGUUUUAAACAGCAUCUUUUAUAUUCGAACAGACAAAUGGAAAACUCACUUAGUACAAAAUAAAAUUUUUUAAAUUUAAAUUUGAAGG